AGUCAAUCAUCUUUUGUUUUGAUUUAGUACGUAGUAUCUAAAUAGUCUGUGGAUUUAGUGUAUUGUUGGUGUAUAUUAGCAAAAUUUUAUUGAAACCGUAGUAAAUUGAAAGUGCAGGAACUGAUAUAAAUAAAAAUGAGUGAUACUCAUAUUUGGAGAUUUUUCGAUGAUAAUGAUAUAAGUGGAUACACUUUGAUAAUUCCUAGCGUGGCAGUAGGAAAUGUCGGCCAACUAGCUUCUGACUUGCUAAUUUCAUCCUUCGAUAUGGUUAGAAUAGCUUCUGUUUACAGUACAGCAAUAAUACCGGUUCUGGGUUAUGAUCCAUACGAUUUGAAUUCUUCAAAAUUGUCUAGCAGCUGCGAAGUUUAUAAGUGUGCUACUAGAAACUUAAUCGUAUUGCAAAUCAGAGCACCACUCGUGUAUAGAUAUGCUAAGCCAUUUUUGAAUGAAGUUGUUCUUAAAUUUAAAGAAAAGCAUGUUAAAGAUAUCGUCAUUUUGACUAGCAGUUUCGCUCAUGAAAAGAAAUAUAUAUCAACAUCACCAUUUAGAUAUGUGGCAAAUGAAUUAUUCUCUCGCAAAAAUGAAAUAAAACGUUUGAAUUGGAUGGAGCAUGAAUUUCAUGAUAAUGGAUUAAAAAUCUAUGGGGGUGGAUUUGCAUCAUUAUUGUUUCAAAUUUGCUCAGAGCACACAAUGCCAUGCUUAGUCUUGUAUAAGUAUUGCUCCGAGGGAAAUAAUAUUCCUGAUGCUUAUGAAAUGGUCCACUAUAUAGCCAAUUUAUUGCCAUUGUUUUCUGAAAAGAAAGAUUUAAUGUCUCAAUUGGUAGAACCAGUGUCAUGGAAGCUUUUAUUUGGAAGACCACCGCCAAUUGAUAUAUAUUAAUGUUUGUAUUUUAAUAAAUGUAAUUGUGUUUAUAUUGGGUAUGUAAUAAAAAUACUUUGUAUUUAUCAUAGUUUUAUUUAUAAGGCCCUUGCUAUUGACCACCUCAUAUAUUAUUUAGGUACUUCACAACUCCUGUGAUAAUUUUAAAAUUGUGUCCAUUCAGCUAUAUACAGCAAUGUAUAUUCAGUUGGGGUGACUAAUAUGUAUAUUCAACCAAAUUACAGCUUUUUAGUACUAAGUCUGAGCUAAGCUGAAGUCAAUGGAAGUACAUAAAAAGCAAAACUAAGCAUUCCUAGUAAAGGAUAACUUUGAAACCUUAGGAAAAGGAAGUGGUUGACGUAACUUGUAACAGACUGUCUGUUAGAUAUGAUAUAGAUAUGACCAUAUCAUAAAUAAUCUGUAUGAAUUACACUCUUGAUCUGGCAGAGCAGAUACAAAGGGUGAUGUUGGGUGAAAUAAUUUCUUAUAUUUAAAAAUUUGGACCUAAGUAUGCAGUUUUUUAUUAUUUAAAUCUUUCAAUUAAAAAUUGCUAUUGUAGAAAUUCGAUCUAUUGAUUAAUUUAUAAUGGAUGUACACCAUGGCAUUUAAGUAUAAAGUAGGGUCUUAAAUCUUUAUGAUUUCGUUAGAGUUAAGAUAAGCUUCUAGAACUCUUAUUAGUAAAGAGUUCUAGAAGUUCGAAGAAAUGAGCCAGGCCCUACUCCCUAAAAAGUAGACAAUACUUCUGUACCCAACACGCAUUCUAAGGGAUAAGGUCCCCAGAAUUGUUGUUGUAUAAACUCUGGUAACACUGCCCACGUACCCGCCGGUGUGAACUUCUUGACUGGAAGUCAAAUAAGGCGCGCGGAAAUUUUCCUCUUUAAAUAAUUUUAUUUCUUUUAAUAGUAAAUUACUAAUAAAUAUACAAGCAAAUUAUUUCCAGCAGUGGACGAGCAUGGGUUGAUGAUGAUGAUGAUAAUGAUGACACAAGUAAAUAGAUAUAUUCGUAGAAGCGAACCCCAUCUGUGAAAAUGGGCGGCGGAGAGGAGGGCGAGCGUAAGCGAAAAUAUAAAAGGACUGUCGACUCUUCGGAGGAUAAGUACAAAAUAUAUUUUAAAACCAACUAAAUUCGACUGUUUUUGAAAAAAAGUGCCGUUGAUUAUACGGUCUAUGUAAAGUCAAAAGAAAGACAGAAGAUAUGCAAUAGAAAUCCUAUUUAACUAACCUUACAUUUAAACAAAAAGGGAAGAAACGGCACUCGCGGCUCAAAAGUGAUCCGCUUAAAUUGUGGUGCACGAUCACAAUUCGCUGCCCACGACAACGGCUAACUAGAGCCGAGGUCCGAAUCUCAGAGACGCCCUCUAAUUGAGCCGACCCCCUCUGGUUCGAGUGGUCUAGAGGCUCCAGACGGAGAGGAGACUCCCCCCUGUGGGGCGAUGCCAUCCACCUGGAAUACCUCCAGAGGCACUCGCAAAUUCUCGGCUUGAGGUUUCCUCAGGAUCUCGCCGUCCCCAAACCCGGUGACGCCAUAAUGGUCAUCUGCGACCAACAAAGUCACAAUUGGACAUUCAAACACGCUGCAUGUGCACUCAAUAUAACAAUAUUGCGUAUAUUAUGUGUUAUAAAUAUAAAACAAUGCCUUCGAUGCUUUUAUAUAGAACACAAAUAGUUCAAAAUCAAAUACCUCGGCAACACUUUUCAAUCGUAAAACUGUAAAACAUUUUUUUCUCAAAAGUCACGGUUUGUCGUGAAUGUUAUUUACGUAUUCGCCAUUUUUCGCCAUUUUGUUAUCAAGAAAAGGACAACAAUACAGCUCAGCCGUACGGACUUGGAAUCGGACUCGCCGUUUCGCUCACGCGGCGUUGAAGCGUUCUGUUCUGUCGGAUGACUGAGCCGGAUCAUAUUUUAUUUGAUGCUAGUAUGAGCGUACCGUAUCGUCCUAAGGAUACAACCCUUUGCAUCUCCGAAACAAGAAAAGAUACAACACCUGGCCUUGAUAAUAUUUCUUACAAUUUAAUACGUAAACUUCCUAAGGCACUCAACAUUUUGUUAAAAGAUUAUAAUUUUCUAUGGAAUAAAGAGUACAUCCCUAACAGUUGGAAAACACAAUGUGUUAUACCAAUAUUAAAAGCACAUAGGCCAGAAAAUAAUUGCAAUUCAUAUCGCUGAAGUCUCUUUUAUCUUGUAUUAGUAAAUUAUUUGAAAAUAUGCUUUAAUGGAGAUUAGAGUUUUAUUGUGAAAAACAUAACAUUUUAGCUGAACAGCAGUUUUGUUUCAGAAAAGGUAGAAGUGCAGUGGAAAAUAAUGUGCCACUUAUUACUAAUAUUAAAAAUUCAUUCCAUAGUCAUUCAUAUACUGAUUGUACUUUUCUUGAUGUCUGUGGUGCUUUUGAUAAUGUUAACCCGUUAACCCUAUCUAUUCUCAUCCAAAUCCUCAGUGAUAAUGGUAUACCUGGAAAAUUUUGUAAAUGUAUUUUUAACUUUUUAUAUAACAGAACAAAGUAUAUUAGGUAUAAUAACAUAUUACAUGGUCCUAAAAAUGUUUAUAAAGGAACAAUGCACGGCUCCCCAAUAUCUCCGUUAUUAUUUGGGGUUUACACGUCUCAAAUUAACAAUUAUCUAACAGAUUCAUUAGUAAGAUGCCUUCUUUUCGCUGAUGAUAUAGUUCUAGUGUUGUUAGAAACCUACCGUGUAAAUAGUGUUGCUAGAAACCUAAACAAUGGUUUGUCAAAAAUUCAACAUUUCUAUAAUAGUUUGAACCUAAUAAUUAACAUAGUAAAAAGUGGAGCAAUGUUUUUCUCAAGGAAACAUGUAGUUUUGUUCAAUAAUGUACUCGUACCUAUAAGAUGGCUGCAUAAUAAGAAGUUCCUUGGAAUACAUUUAGAUUCGAAAUUAACAUUUGAACGGCAUAUUAACCACUUGAUCAAAAGUGCUAGCCAUGGACUAAAUAUCUUACGAUCUCUGGCUGGUGUACAAUGGGGCUCUGAUCCCAAAAUUCUAUCAAUGCUUUAUAGAAGUAUAGUUAGAAGCCACUUUGAUUACAGCAGUGGAAUAUAUGAACACCAAUGUCUUUUAAGAAAACUAGACAUAAUCAGACAUAACAGAAUAGGGAUGGUGACUAUUUUUUUUUCUUCGUUUAUCAGUAUUGGAUACGUAUUUUUUCUUUUUUCACAUAAUAUAAACAUUGCAGAGAUAUAUUGAUUUGAAAAGUCGCAUGACGUCACGUUUGAGUACACUUAUAAGUGAAAAUUCACUCAAAAGUGACGUCACGAGCCCCUACUCCCAAACUUUGACGCGCUAUAACUUUGUCAUUUUUUGGUUGAUUGCCCAAAGAAAAAAUACGUGUCCAUUAUUUUAUGAUCAUCUAACUGACGGACUAAAUAGAAUUUCGUUUACUGUACCCCGUCAUUACCCCUAUUAUCACAGGUGCCAUGUG